AUGACCAUCCAACUAUCUGUGCCUCUUGACACGGUGGAUGGCUUAGCCAUAUUUAUCACAUACAUUUUACUAGCCACGGCCAUUGUGUUUGUCAGUGGAUCUGUUGUCUUGGCUAUCUUGACCACCAAGUCACUAAGAAAGGAGAACCGAUUCAUCUACAUGUUAAAUACCAGUGUCAGUGACCUAUUCACAGGGCUUGGCAUAUAUUAUAAUGGUCUUUUUGAUGUCCGUGAAAACUACCCUCCCAAGAACAGUACUUUCUACAUACUACCCUCCCUUCUGGGAAUUAGUUUUUUGACCAUCUUUACUGCCCAACUGGAUCGGUAUGUGGCAAUCUCCCAUCCUUACUUCUACUCCAGGCAGAUUACUGAACCCAAAACCAUAGCUGUAUGUGUUUUCAUAUGGGUCUACACAUUUUCACAAACACUGAUAUAUAACCUGGUUACACAAGAGGUGGCUGCCAAGAUAAAUGGGGUCACAGCACUAGGAGCCACUGUUUGCACCUUCUUUGCCAUGAUAGGCCUGAAUCUGAAGCUCUACCUCAUUGCCACGUACCAGCUCUCCCGAGAACCUGACAGUCAAGACAGAGACAGUAAGAAGGCAUCACUGAGGCUUAUCAUUCUCGUCACUCUGACCUUUCUGACCCUCUGGUCUCCAAGUUUCAUUAAUCAGUGUCUGAUCAAAAUGACCCCAUACGGCUUCAGAACAAACAAUUAUGCCACAGACCCCUUUGGUUUUCUGGUCAGACUGAACCCAUUCACCACCCCAGUACUGUACAUCAGCGGAAGUCGGGCAUUAAAGGCAGCGGUUUUUACAAAAGUAUGGAAGCCUUGUUGCAAAACCAGGUGA